AGAAACCAGGAUGUAUAUUUCGUUUCGCUUUUCACCAUGUCCAAUCACCAUCUUCGACGAACAGUCCUGUAUUACACAACCAAAAUCAUUAAAAGUAACAUAACAGAUGGUGUCCCGAAUCAAACACCUGACAGAAAUCAAAUGACAAUGCAACGUGGGGACGUAAAACACAUGAUGGAGAACCAGACUAGAGGUCACACGGACACUUCCCUUUUUAGUAGCCUGAAUCCGGGAGCCAUCGGGAAGACAAAUAGGAUGAGAGAAAACAUCCUCAAUAUUGAACAUAACACUGGUGGGAGAAACUGCUACGGCAAUUUGGACGGACGGAUCACUUGGACGGACAAAGCAAUUGGACAAGUUGCUGCUUUGCUGCUAAGCUCUGCCGCCGCUCUGGUGGAAUUCAAAACCACCCUCAUAUCAUCCACCAACGGCGCCGCCGUGGACCGGGUCCUGAUCUCGUGGAACACGUCGACAAGCCCGUGCUCCGGCAACGCGGGGAACUGGAAAGGCGUCCUCUGCUUGAACGGAGACGUCAUGGGCCUCCAGCUCGACGGGCUGGGCCUGUCCGGCGACAUCGACGUCGAUGCCCUGGCGGCGCUGAGAUUCCUCCGGUUUCUGAGCUUCGAGAACAACGGAUUUGAAGGGUUGAUGCCGGACUGGAGGAAAUUGGGGGCGCUCAAGUCUCUGUUCUUGUCCGGCAACAGAUUUAGCGGGGAGAUCGGCGACGAUGCUUUCUCCGGCAUGGGUUCUCUGAAGAAAGUUCACCUGGCGAACAACCGGUUUACCGGGAGGAUUCCCACGUCGCUGGCGACCACGCCGAGGCUCCUGGAGCUCCGGCUCGAAAACAACGGUUUCACCGGGAACAUACCGGAGUUUCGCACCGGACUCAAGAUGUUCAACGCGUCUAAUAAUCGGCUUGAUGGGCCAAUCCCUCCCAGCCUCUCCGCCAUGGAUCCCUCUGCAUUUUCAGGCAACAAGGGACUAUGCGGGAAGCCUGUAAAUUUCGAUUGCACCAUCCAAAGCCCUCCUCCUCCCCUGAAAUCGCCGCCGCCGCCGGGAACCAUUGGAGAUGUAGAGUCGUCGAUAUUAUCCGCUAUUACAGGAAUUCUAAUGCUAACAGCAAUAUGCCUCUUAGCGGUAGCCCUAAUCAUCGCACUAUACCUAAUUUGCCGCGGCGACAGGGGCCGAUACCACUAUCGCCUACACAGAGGCAGAUCCUUCGAUCCAUUAUAUUCCCCCAACAACAACCCUACCGCGUCGCCGUCGCCGUCGCCGGACAGGGCCAGCACUCCGAGCAGCAGCGCCGGAGCAGGGGCAUCACCGUCGGUGGGAAGGCUGGCGUUUGUGAGGGCGGACAGGACACAAUUCAGCCUGCAGGACUUACUGAGGGCGUCGGCGGAGGUGCUAGGUGCCGGAAACCUAGGUUCGUCGUACAAGGCGGUGUUGAUGGGCGGAGAGGCGGUUGUGGUGAAGAGAUUCAAGCAUAUGAACCAAGUCGGGAGGGAAGAGUUCCAGGAGCACAUGCGGCGUCUCGCCGGGCUUCAACACCCCAAUUUGCUCCCUCUUGUUGCGUAUUACUACAGGAAAGAAGAAAAAUUGCUGAUUUCUGAUUUUGUCCCCAAUGCUAACUUAGCAACUCAUCUUUAUGGUAAAGAUUCGAGUCUUGAUUGGUCAUCGAGAUUAAAGGUCAUCAAAGGUGUGGCAAAGGGAAUGCUCUAUCUCCACAAGGAGCUAACGAGCCUAGUACUCCCACACGGCCACCUCAAGCCAUCCAACAUCCUCCUCGACCACUCAUUCAACCCCAUAUUAAUGGACUACGCCAUGGUCCCAAUACUCAACCCCGGCGAGCCACGAAACCUUCUCGCCGCCUACAAAUCACCGGAGUGCACCGCCAACCUUGGCCACCCCACCAGAAAAACGGACGUUUGGACUCUCGGGAUUCUCAUUUUGGAGACAUUGACAGGCACAUCUCCCGAUUCCUACUUGGAAACUUGGAUCAAUUCAAUAUCCAAAGCGGCUGCAGAGGGAAACGAUGAGAGCCAUUGGGAAACAGUGUUUGAUGCGAAGAUCCAAGGCAACUUAAGGGAGAGUGGAGGACAAAUGCGAGAGCUUUUGAAGAUUGGAGUUGUUUGUUGCCGAGAAGAUCUAGAUUACAGAUGGGAUUUGAAUGAGGCCGUUGAAAGAAUUCAGAAUUUGAAGGAGAUGGACGAUAUGUAAAAGUUGCAUUAUGGGUUAUAUAUGGAUCAUUAUUGUCACCCUUUGUCAUUCCAAAUAUGAUAUUAAUAUGUAUUACAGACAAGCACAUAUAACAAUUAUUUAUAAAAUGUUGUUUGUAAAACAUUAAUAUCAUAUUUGAUGAAACUAUAACAUUUCGAUCUCAUGUCACACGCUUCUUGUCCAUGCUUGACAUGUCUUCCUCCUCCGGCAAAAUGAAUGAUCGGGUUUUGAAAACGAAGAUUGGACGGGGUAAAGCUUGCAACAGAGUGUAUGUCUUCUAGCAACUUGUUUUUGCUUCAGCAUCAUAUGUCGACCAAGUUACGCUCUUACAAAGACGUCUUGGUCAUCCCUCCCAUGCUGUUUUGUCUUCCCCUCCUACCAAUCAAACUAGUUCUGAUAU